GUGCCGACUCUACAGCUCCAGACCUCGUUUCGUUUGACUGUCAAAGCAGGCGGUGGUGUGGCUCCUCUUUCUCCGCCCUGCGCAUCCCGCAUCCAGUCGCUAUCAGAGAGGAGCGCAGGGGAGUGCCCUGUGCGCCGACACACACAUCCUCCUCCUCCUCCUCUUCUUUCUCGUCUUCCUCUUCCCCGCUGCCUGCACUGAAGCCGUACUCCUCUGCCGGGGAAACUCCACCUUAUUCUCAGCCGAAAUCACCGCUGUCACAGCCCCGUUUUCACCCUCCAUCAGCCGGUCGAACCCCGACAUUUACGCGCGGUCCUCCCCCACAGUCUUGACGCAGUACUAUCAUGGAGGAGUUGGACGUCCCACAGAUGAGGAGAGAGGUGGAGAGCCUUCAAUAUCAGCUGGCGAUCAACAGAGAGAAAUCCUCCAUCACUGUUACUGAACUGGUGAAGUGGAUCGAGGGGUGUGUGUGUGAGGAUCCGUUUCUGAACCCGGAGCUGAUGAGAGCCAACCCCUGGGUGGAGAAGGGCAAGUGUGUGAUCCUCUAAUGGUCACACACACACACACACACACACACACCCAUGCACGUACACACACACACAAACACACACAAUCACGGAUGCAUAUAAACUAAAGAAUCGUGCACUCCCACACACACUCACGCUGCACUAAGUCACUCCCUCUCUCUCCCUCUUACACACACACACACAAACAUACACACACACACACUGUUGCUAUUUUUUGUGUUUAUUUAUUGGGAGACUCCUGAAUGCUUUUAAUUUAUGUAAAGACUACUGUAUGUGUGUGUGAGUGAGAGUGUGAGUGUGUGUGAGAGCGUUCAGCACUGAGUAGCUUUCUAGAGGUUUGUUUUGAAGGACUGCUGAGAAAUGUUCAACAACACGUUUUUAUUGGCUCUUUACACUGUCAAUCAAAAUAAAGACUGUUUUGAAGUUAACA